UACGCACUGAGUUUACUUUAACAAGGCCAUCUGCAAAGCAUCAGAUUUGGUCACAAAAUUCGUCACGCGGGAAAAAGAGCCGCUCGAUCGCCUACGUUGAACUGCUGCAAGUCACCGCGUUCAGGAUUUCCUCCGGAAUCGUAAAACUCUCCUAUAGCUCCCCGAAUGACGGCGUAUCGGACCACUACGUCAAACUUCAAAUUUUGUCGGCGGCCAAUUAUCGGGGUUCUGGAGGCAGUGGCCAUCACUUCUUUCCUCUCUUGGACCUAGAAAACCGCAUGAAACGAACUACAUAUGUCUUGAAGGCUACGGUCACGCCGCCGUUCAAAUUGAAUACACGUUCGAUUUCCAGAACAAAUAUCCCAGGAUGUGAAUUUCCAGCCUUUGAAAGACGGUCAUUUGACGAAGUUGAGUGGCACGAGGGGUUCAUGUCGGGGGUUACAAAUAGUCAGAAACGAGGGUUUCAGAUAUCCCUGGUCUCCUUCCCUUUGCCAUCAUGAGGACGCGCUCUCGGAUCAUAUGCAGCUUUGCAGUGUUACUCUUCUGUACCUUGAAUGGGUAUGCUCAAGAAAGCACCGCCGUAGUCUCUCCAAUUUCAUCCUCUUCUGUAUCCCAAUCCACUUCUCUGGUUUCGUCCAGACCUACCUCCACAGGUACUCUGACCUCCAGUGCUUCGGCUACAACCAGUCAAGCCACAACCACGGUCAUAAAUCCUACCUCCACAGGUACUCUGACCUCCAGUGCUUCGGCUACAACCAGUCAAGCCACAACCACGGUCAUAAAUCAAUCACAGGGUGCGUCUUUUCCUCCUGUAGGGUCAAUACCCCGGGAGUACUCUCCCGAGAAUCUGGAUAGAUUUUGGGCAAUAGUGGGUGAAGUCGAAGCCCCACCUUUCACAACCACACCUGUCCCAAAGACCCCCAUCGCGCUCCCCACACCACCGCCCCAGCUUUAUCCCUCGUUCUUCUCCCCAGCACCAAAAGAUAUCCUCCCAGACCUCAAGUUCCCUAAAGGAUUCUUGUUUGGCUUGGACACAGCUGCGUUCCAGGUUGAAGGUGCUGUGAAAGAUGAGGGUAAAGGCCCGACGAUGUGGGAUUGGGCAACUCGUCAACCGAACGCGGUCAUUGAUAAUACGACUGGUGAUAUCACGGAUCUGCAGUACUUUCUCUACAAAGAAGAUACCGCAAGGGUUACGCCUUUAGGCGUGAAUGCACACUCUUUCUCAAUCUCCUGGUCUAGAAUCUUUCCGUUUGGGACAGCAGAUUCUCCGGUGAAUCAAGCAGGGUUGGAUCAUUACUCAGACCUCAUCGAUUAUUCUAUUGAACAAGGUGUUGAACCAGUGGUAACCCUAUUCCAUUGGGAUACUCCCCUCCCCCUGCAAUCUUUCUAUGGUGGUUUCACCUCCGGAGAAAUUGUCAACGACUUCGUCCAUUAUGCCAAAACAGUCUUCAAGGCCUACAAUGGACGCGUUAAGACCUGGUAUACAUUCAACGAGCCUCGUGUCUAUUGUGGUCAAAUUGCCAGUUACCCGUUUGACGUCACUUUGGCACCGGGCGUAAAUGUAUCGACCGCACCAUACCAGUGUUCAUACAACCUGAUACGAGCUCACGCUAGAGCCGUUAAGGCUUUCAGAGAAAUGGGAAUACAAGGCGAAAUCGCAUUCAAGAACGACGAUUUCAUCGGCCCCCCUUGGCGCAUCAACUCCACCGAAGACGCAGAAGCAUCCGAACGCCACACUGCCUUCCAAAUCGGCGUCUUCUCCGACCCUAUCUACAAAACGGGCGACUGGCCCAAAAUCCUCACAGACACCUUACCCCCUUCCUACCUCCCCCGGCUAAACGAAUCAGAAAAACGGGACAUACUGGGUUCAGCGGAUUUCUUCGCUAUUGAUUCGUACCGUGUUCAACUAAUAUCUGCACCGAGGGAUGCGGGGGGGAUUCGGGGGUGUGUUGCAGACGAGAGUCAUCCGUUGUGGCCGACGUGUAAUGAAAUUAUGAGUUUUGAUACGGGUGGAUGGAGUGUUGGGGUUAGUGCCGAUCCUGCUGCUCCGUGGCUUCAGGCUACGCCGGGGUUGUUGAGGGGGGCGUUGAGGGAGAUGCAAAAGCGGUGGCCGACGAAGAAGAUGUACAUCUCCGAGUUUGGCUUUGUUGAGCCGUUUGAAGGGACUAGACAACCGCAAGAGCUGUUCCAAAUCAAAGAGGAUGUGGCAAGAACGAACUACUUUAUGACAUACCUCGGAGAGAUUCUUCUCGCGAUUCAUGAAGAUAAACUCCCGAUUGCUGGGGCAUUUGCUUGGUCUAUGGUCGAUAAUAUAGAGUGGGGUUCAGGAUUGAGCACGAGGUUCGGGAUUCAAUAUGUCGAUGAUACGACACUGGAGAGGUCUUACAAACGUUCGGCAUUUGCUCUUGCGGAAUUCUUCAAAGCUCACCUACAGUAAUAUUUAGCUUGCUUUGAGCCCGCUAUGGUAACUCUAUAAAGUGAAUCACAAUGCGUAC